CGAUGUCGUCGUCGAUGGCUACUAAGCUGCUACUCCUCCUGUGUUUCGUCAUCUGCCGAUUGAUCUCCACCGUCGGAUCAACCAUGGAGAUGGUGGACCCCCUUGAGAAGGUUGAGCUUGUUCGACUGGGUUUGGAAAGCCAGCUCAAACUCAGCAUCGACCCCACCGACAUGGAGGCGGCUUCUCUCGAUUUUGGCGGAAUGGUCCGUGCCAGGCCCUUUGCGGUCUUGCACCCCACCUCCGCCGACGACGUGGCCAGAAUGGUCCGUGCGGUUUACGAAUCGACUCAUGGUUUGACCGUGUCGGCUAAAGGACACGGCCAUUCCAUUAACGGCCAAGCUCAGACGGACAACGGCGUAGUUAUAGAGAUGAGCAACGGCUUCUUAAAGUCCGCCAACGACGACAAGGCCAUGAGACCCUCCCGUCCGCCAUCGUCGGUGGUGUUGGGGGUUGGUGGUUCGGAAGACAGCAAGUAUGUGGACGUUUGGGGUGGGGAACUGUGGAUUGAGUUGUUGACGUCGACGCUUGAGUAUGGGCUUGCACCAAAGUCAUGGACUGAUUACUUAUAUCUCUCCGUUGGUGGAACUCUUUCAAACGCUGGCAUUAGUGGACAAGCCUUCCAUCACGGCCCUCAGAUUAGCAAUGUCUAUGAACUCGACGUCGUUACAGGGAAGGGAGAGCUCUUGACAUGUUCAGAGGAACAGAAUUCAGAACUCUUCCAUUCUGUUCUUGGGGGUUUAGGACAAUUUGGGAUCAUAACCAGGGCUAGGAUUGCCCUUGAACCAGCUCCACAAAGGGUGAGGUGGAUCCGAGUACUCUACUCCAACUUCUCAGCCUUCACCAACGACCAGGAGUAUCUCAUCUCUCUGCAUGGACGACCCACCAGCGAGAAGUUCGACUACUUGGAGGGUUUUGUUAUCGUGGAUGAAGGACUCAUCAACAACUGGAGAUCCUCUUUCUUCUCCCCUCGUAACCCCGUUAAGAUCACUUCUCUUUCUUCCAAUGGAAGCGUUCUCUACUGCUUGGAGAUCACAAAGAACUACGAUGAAUAUACCGCUGACACCGUUGAUCAGGAAGUUGAAGCUUUGUUGAAAAAGCUGAGUUUCAUACCGGCAUCAGUCUUCACAACUGAUCUUCCUUACGUGUAUUUCUUGGACCGGGUUCAUAAGGCUGAAUUGAAGCUCCGGUCCAAGGGAUUGUGGGACGUACCCCACCCAUGGUUGAACCUCUUUGUCCCCAAAUCAAAGAUUGAUGAAUUUGACCAGGGUGUUUUCAAGGGCAUAUUGGGUAACAAGACAAGCGGGCCCAUCCUCAUCUACCCAAUGAAUAAAAACAAAUGGGACGAUCGGAGCUCGGUGGUAACAAUAGACGAGGAAGUAUUUUACCUGGUAGCCCUUCUUCGAUCAGCAUUGGAUUCUGGGGAUGACACACAAACGUUGGAGUACCUGAUAGAUCAGAACCGUAGGAUCCUUGACUUCUGCAGGGAUGCUGGGAUCGGAGUGAAACAGUACUUACCUAACUACAACACCCAAGAGGAAUGGAUGGACCACUUUGGAGACAAAUGGGAUCUCUUCCUCCACCGCAAGAUUCAGUUCGACCCCAAGCGCAUUUUAGCCCCUGGCCAGCGUAUAUUCCCCGCUUCCCUCCCUUCUUCUUCUCCUGCAACCUCCUCGUCGUCGUCCUCUUCUUUUUCCUAGUUAUCGUCGUUAAAGAUUAAUGACGACA